AUGUUAUAUUCAAAAUUAUGUCUUGAUUUAAAUAUGGAUAUGGAACUAAACUUAGAUGCAUGGCGUUCAUAUGAACAUAUUCGUAAUUAUUAUGUGUUAGAAGGCGAUCAAUUACAUUGAACAGUUUAUCCAUCAAUUAUAAAUGAUCUUAUUACUUCGUUUCAUUUACGUAUUCCUUCUUUUUUUAUUCAUGAUUAUGCUAAAUUAACGAAAUUAGAUUAUUUAGCUAAAGAUAAACAUUAA